UAUGGUAUAAAAAUAGAUCUGUAAGUUGAUGGAGCUUCCUGUCUUGUAUGGUGCAGGUACCAAGUGCUCUAGAAGAACUGUGCUUCAUGGUAAUGGGAAUGCUGCAGAAAUCUCAGGGUUUAGAGGAAAAAGAUGACUCAAAAAGGUUCUUAUUUCAUUAUUCUAAGAGUCAUGACUCAGGAAACUCAGACAUCACGUCGUCUGUCCUGCAUCCUUUGCUGCAACUCGUUCCUCAGCUUCAUGACAGGAGGAUGAAGAGAUUCAAAUCUGAAGAGGAGGUCCAGGGACCAGGAGGAGUUUUAAGCAGGGGGUACUUCUUGUUCAGGCCACGUAACGGAAGGAGAUCAGCAGGUUUCCGCUAAGAGAUUGCUGAUGAAGGUCUGCCUACAAAGACUCGGACACCCGUAUUGUAAACAGCUGUAAUAAUCUUUCACAAUAGAAUGUAAAGGAUAUUAUCAGAAAUUAUUUUUGGCUAGUAUGGCCAAAUUCUCCUUAAUUUCUUAAUUAUAUUAAACGCAUAUUAAAACAUUGUUUUUCAGUGUUCUACGGUGUAUUAUUAUGGUGUAUAAUGAGAAAGACUAAUGACAGUUGCAGAAGUCUGUACGCAGAAUACUGCCGCUACGAAAGUAUCGCUAGAUGCAUCUAUUAUGUCUUGUACAUAAAUGCACUUCUGCUGUUUUUAAAACACACAAUUUCUAUCUGUUGGACUGGUUUAUUCAUUUGUUUCAUUUGCUGUUAGAUUCCAUGUGUCAACCAAACGAAUGCAGCUCAUGUAAUUUAUAUUUGUCUUAUUGUAGUGAAAAAUUAAGCUAAAUAAAGUGACAUUUUGUU